AUGCGAUCUCGAGCGUCGUGGAAAGAGCUCGAUUGCAUUUUCACAUCAUUAAAAUGGAUCUUUGUUCUUAUUUGUCUUCUCUCAUUAACACUACGUAGCGUUAUCGCGCAAAAUGAAAGUGAAACGUUCGAAAGUGCAUUUGGAUUGAAUUUACUUGAGUCAAAUGAAAAUUUAAGUACGGAGGAGAAUGUCGGUUUGCCAUCGCAAACGAAGGAGAUUCCUCUAGAGGCUGAAGAUCUUGCUGUAGAGGAAAAAGAUUUAGCGCCCGUUGAAAAGAAAAACAAUGUAGAAAAUUCGGUGCAAGUUUUGACAGAAAAUGCUUUUGCAGUAAAAGGCGAAUCCGGGGUAGAUUCGCCCACUGUUCAAAUAGCUUCCGGUAGAGCAACGAACGAAAAGAAUGGGAAAUAUGUAAGAUACGAUUCGGAUUCACCUGACGCUAAUAGGUACGCGCCUCUCCCAGAUGAUAAUCCACCGUUUUAUGAAUUACCAAGAGAUAGAUUGGAAAAAAUUCGAUCUGAAUUCAUGUACUGGUACUUCGAUAAAGGUGGUACCGAUGAUAUGGGCGAUUACCAAUCAGCUCUGCAAGCGACAAAUCUACAGAUUCAUAAGAACUUGAAUUUCCAAUUGCCUUUCUUUGGCUUUAGAUUUAACUAUACAAGAUUAACUGUUAAUGGGUACUUGGAAUUUAGCGAUCCACCGGAGCAUCUUACAUAUCCUCUUGUCUUUCCCGUUAAAGAUUGGCCUAAAAAGAAUGAUCCUGCUUUCAUCGGUAUUUUCUUCAGUAAAUGUCGCAUAGGAAUGUUAAGAGAAAAUGAUAUUGAUCGUAGAAAACCGGGAGUGUAUUUUAGGCUUGAGAGGGAUUUACAAGCAAGGUCCGAUCAGUUCGGCGUAGAAAUGCGAGAGCGUGUCAUGUGGGACAUCCGUGAGGGUGUUGUCGGUGCCGAUUCAUUCGUGCCCAAACACGCUCUUAUCGCAACAUGGAAAAAUAUGUCCUUCACAGGUGGUAUCGACCUGUCUCUUCAUACAACUAACACGUUUCAGCUGGUUUUGGCUACUGAUGAAGUUUUCACUUAUGCUAUAUUUAAUUACCUCAACAUUAAAUGGACGAGUCAUACCGAAGCGGGCGGUGAUACAACACAAGGCGAGAAUGGAGUCGCUGCAUUUGUGGGAUUUAAUGCUGGAAACGGUACUCAGAGCUACGAGUAUAAGCCUUAUUCUCAGGCGACCACGAUCCGUGAUUUAACAAGCCGCGGCUGGGCCAAUGGUUUUCCAGGACGCCACAUUUUUAGGAUAGACGAAAAAAUAAUGCUAGGCACCUGCAAUAAAGACAUUGCCGGAGCUCACCUGCCGCUGGUUUUCGCCCCGGAAUCAGGAAACAUGUUAGGAGGCACUGUAGUCAACAUUACCGGACCGUGUUUUAACGAGAGUCAAAAAAUCAAGUGCCGUUUCGAAAACGAAGUAGUGAUGGGCACGGUAGUAGACAGAAAUCGCGCGAUUUGCGUACAACCGUUCUUGAAGUACGAAGGCUACAUACGUUUCUAUAUCGCCAUCGAUAGUGGCACUUACGAUUGGAAAGGAAAAUAUUUCGUCGAAACUCCAGCAACGGCGACGGAAAGGAUUUUCUUUAUUGAUAAGGAGUCCGUUCAUUUAAAGAAUCCGGCGCAAAUAAAAAUCACAUGGAACGCGUAUAAUUUAACUACAAACUUAGGAGCAGGGAUCCAGAUAUCCUUAUGGGGAUACAGAGAGACUAAGACAACACCCGAGUUUGAAUACAUAACGGUUUUGGAGAGAUCGUAUACCAAUACUGGUAAUUAUGCCAUCCAACCAGCCAAAUACAAAGACGAGUACAAUCCAUAUCAUACAGAUAUGGUGUUUGGCUUCAUUCAAAUUAACUUAACUGAACCGCAUUUAUACUCCGGACUGUCGAUAACACCGAGCCUAUGGAGCAGACCGAUUCCGCUCGGUUGGUACUUCGCGCCUCAAUGGGAACGGCAAUACGGAUCGAAAUGGGCUGGGAAAAUCUGUGACAGGUGGAUUAUGCAUGAUCGAUAUCUUAAAAACUUUGCCGCCGAAGUGGCACUUUGCCCUUGCAUCCUAGAUCACGCUUUGUAUGACAAAGGUCGUUUUCUUCCGGAUUACAAUUGCGACAAAGAUUCAAAUAUAGAUUGCUAUUAUAAUCAACGCGCGACUCACUGUGUGAGAUCAGGUGCGCCCAAUCUGGACGGUUCGGAGCAACAAUGUUGUUACGAUAAAAAUGGAUUUCUUAUGCUGUCUUAUGAUCAGCAAUGGGGAUCGCGACCCCAUCGAUCUCACAAUUUGGGCUUCUUCCCAUGGAAUGAGGCUAACAAGGUCCCGACUCUCUCACAGUGGUGGCACGAUGUAGUGCCUAUGUAUGCAUGUUGUCUCUGGCAGGAAGAACAGGCUGUUGGUUGCGAGACGUUUCGAUUUGAAAGAAGACCGACGCAGGAUUGCAUUGCCUAUCAAUCACCGGGGGUGUCAGCGGUAUUCGGUGAUCCUCACUUCGUCACGUUUGAUGGCGUGGAGUACACCUUUAAUGGUAAAGGCGAGUUCGUUCUGCUACGAGUGAACGAUAUCAGAGAUAAACUCGAUAUACAAGGUAGAUUUGAACAAAUGCCAAAGAAUAUCCAUGGUGACGUAAUGGCAACGCAUCUUACCUCGGUAGUAGUGAGGGGAAAUAAUUCCGCUACCAUCGAAGUUCGUUUGAGACCCAAGCAUGCGCAAUGGCGAUAUCGGCUUGAUGUCUUCGCAGAUGGUCAAAGAAUAUACUUCGAUAGACCAGCCUUAAAAUUCCAACAUUUCCCCGGGGUCGUCGUUUACACUCCCACAUAUAUUUUGAAUCAGAGCGAAGUUAUUGUUAUGCUCGACACUGGUGCUGGUGUAGAAGUCGUUGAGAACGAAGGUUUCUUAUGCGCUCGGACGUAUCUACCAUGGACAUAUGUGAAUAAAACUACGGGACUUUUUGGUGUUUGGAAUUUUGAUCCCCUAGACGAUUUGACAAAUCCGCAAGGAUAUCAAGUCCCAAUCAACAGUGUAAAUCAUUCAGAGACUGUUCAUACAGAUUUUGCAAUACAGUGGAUGUUAGAAGACAAAGAGAAUAAACUGUUAGGAGCGGCUUUAUUUCACAGGGAAUUUGGUAGAACGGCGAGUUAUUAUGCUAAUCGCACAUUCAAGCCGGAAUUUCGAAAAUAUCCAUCAGAGAUACUCCCAGUAAAUAGGACGUAUGAUGUAAACCGCGCGAUUGAUCUAUGCGGUGAUUCAUAUCAGUGUCAGUACGAUUACGUUAUGACGUUGAAUCGAGAUUUAGCGCAUUUUACUCGCAAUUACUACGACAGCUAUACUCAAAUCCGAGCGUUGAACAAUAAAGAAAUUGUAUCCUGCGGUAUAUUGGAGACACCACGUUUCGGACGUAAAAGUAAUUUCCUAUUUGUCCCGGGAACGAAAGUGAGUUUCGAAUGUAACCAGGAUUUCAUACUAAUUGGUGAUCAACGUCGAGUAUGUACACCGGAAGGUCGAUGGAACGUUCCGGAAUACGGAUACACGGAAUGCCUUCGUCAAAUCGAGUACGCUCAGCGUACAGCGUGGACCGUAAUGGGCAUUAUUUGCGCCGUGUUAAUACCCGUGGUGGCCUGCAUCGCCGGUGGCUUUAUUUAUAUGAGAAGGAGUCGAUCGCGGGGAGGUUCGAUGAAAUCUUGGCGUUAUUCCGAGCGUGAUUCUGGUAUCGACAAUGAAUCCACGUUGAAACAGAACGCGCUAAAGUCGUACGAUGAUAGGGCCAUUACUCCAAUUAGCGACACUAGCACAAUUGAAACUAAUAGCGGCACUAGAAAGCGCCGUAGUUACGACAGAGUGUACCGUACCCAUGAACCCCUACCCAAUAGACCGGACAUUGACUUCGAGGAUAAAGAAUGGGAUUUGAAGGACCCUAUCUCACCCGCAGGGUCAGAUUCGGGUCAGCAGGAAUAUAGCUCUCGUCAAGCAGGCAUUACCAGCGGCAUAGUGCUAGCUUGCCUGGUCCCUAUUCUAUUGAUAGUCAUUUGCGUUGGAUAUCGAGCUCUUAAGAGCCGCAAGAAAGAACGAAAACAAGAGGAGGCCUUAGAAAGGACGCGGCAAGCAGAACUGCAACGGAUGCGUAAGAUCAACGAGGACGAGGAGUCUAUCAUCUACAGUCCAAGUAAAGCUACAGAAAUAAAUUAGAGGAAAUUUUGUGUCAAAUUUUUAGAAAUGUAGAACUUUUGUACGUUAUUCAUAU